AUGAUAGAGCACAUCGCGAGUCCGGAGGACCUCUCGUUGACGGACCUGGUGCGGCACAGGCUGCCCGACCGCUUCAUGACCAUCGGCUUCUACGUGCGCGCCUUCGCCAUGUACGUCAUACCGGUCUGCCUGACGCCGCUGCUGUGGCAACGCUCGGCCGAAAGUCACUGCGCUUUCAUCGUCCUCUACGUACUUUUGCUCUGGCUCUUCCAGUCCAUCCCACCAGCCAUCGUGUCGUUCCUCCCAAUAAUUCUGGCGCCAGCGUUUCUCAAUUACUCAACUUCCGAGCUUCUGGAGUACUACACCUCCGAAACGAUGCUGUUGUAUGUGGGGUACGCUCUCGUGGUGCACGGAGUCGAAGCGACCAAUCUGCACAAGCGAGUCAUCCUGACGUCGCUGCUGGUGUUCGGCGGCAAGUCGGGCUUCAUCAUCGGUGGCUUCGUCAUCACCACCAUACUCGUUUCGAUGUGGACCAAUGCCGUGCGCACCGCCGCCAUCGUGCUGCCCAUCGCCAUGGAAGCGUUGCAGCACAUCCAGGACAACCGGUUGUUCCACCUGCUCGAGCUGCGCACGCGCUACGUGCGCCGUACCGCAGGCAUCGGCACACCCAUCAUGGAGGCCCGCUACCUCAUCGAAGGCGGUGUCGUCAUGCCGGACGUGAUACGCAUCCUGAGCGAGUUUUUUACCGUCAAGAAGGGCCUGCUCAUCGGCAUCUCGUACUCUGCCGUGCUGGGAAGCAUGGGCUCCGUGGUCGGCUGUGGCGGCAACCUGUUCGUCAAGGCCUUCCUGGAGCAGAUGUACAACUACCGCCGCAUCACCAUUUACCAGUGGGUUCAGUGCCACUUGCCCCUGACAGUGCUCUGCUCGUUCCUGCUGUGGUUCGUGCUGUCCGUGUGCUACGCGAGCGACGUUGUGUCCAGCGAUCACAUCUCCAAGCGGGCCUUCGAGGACAUCAUCUACCGGCACUUCGCCGAGCUGGGAGCCGUCAGCUUCACCGAGAUGGCAACCAUCAUCACCUUCCUUUGCAUGGCCGCGGCCAUCGUCGGCUCGCACCACUACGCCGAAGCGCUGAAUAUCGAGGCCGCAGAGUCCACCUUUAACGAGACGGCGUGCAUCUUCUUCUUGGCCUUUGUCCUGCACGCGGUGCCCAGUAUCUACUACUAUCGGCGCGGCCGGUCGCGACGUCGCUUUCGCAGCGAGACGGCGCACCAGGCCGUCAAGAAGAUCUCGUGGGCCUUCGUCAUCACCAUGGGCGCCGGCGUGUGCGUGGCCAAGCUCAUCGCGCACUAUAACCUCCAGCAGUUCUUCGACUGGUUGCUGCCGCACCACACCAUCACGUCGGCCUUCUACCUGCAGCUGCUGGUCGCGUUCGUCGCCCUACUGCUGGCCGAGAUCAACAACUCGCUGAACAACAUCGUGAUCUUCGCGCCGCUCAUCUGCCACAUUUCGGACGCGCUCAAGGUGCACCCGUUGUACCUGCUCAUGCCGUUCACCUUCAGCUGCUACUUCGGCUUCAUGGCAUCCACUGCAACACCCGUGAGCGAGUACGUCACUGACUACGGAGACCUGCUCGAGGCCGAGUUCGUCCUGCCCGGCAUCGCCAUGAAGAUUGGCUGCGUGCUGAUCGUGCUACUGGCGUACAACACGUGGUGCUGGGACUACCUCUAUCUCAAGGAGGCCAUCGGGCCGCUUACCAAGCGGAACCAGACGGCGCCGGAGGUCUAG